CAACUUCCGCCCAUUCGAGUCCAUCUAACUUUCCUUGUUUCCGUCAACCUCCCAUGCUUCACUGUCUUGUCUUUCUUCUUCUUCGCCGCCUUCCAUCUCCAGGUCUCCACCGAAAUAUCUCCUCUUCUCCAUCUCCAUCUCCAUCUCCAUCUCCCUCCUCAGUCUUUCCUUCACCAGCUCAUACAGUUACACACCGCUCAGCUAACUUUCUCGUAUCCCUCGUUCCGUUGCCCCACAUCCCCAUAUAUAGUCGCACUCCCUCGUGGGGAUAUCUCGCUCUGUAGGUGAAACGAUCAUUCUCAUGUCUUCGAUGGCGGCUAUGCACGAGUCGGUCGCUCUCUCCUCGCCUAACGUUCGCCCUUCCCUCCGCCGCCCGGCGGCAAUGGCGUCGUCUCCCGCGGCGAUUUCCCUUCCCUCGCGGCGGAAAGCCGGCGCCUUGCCGGGAUUCGUGGGGUUGAAGAUUCAGUCGCGAUCGCUGGCUUCGUCGAAUUCGAAGAGCUCGAGAGCUUCUUGCUGCUCUCGAAAUGGACGGAUUGUGUGCGAAGCUCAGGGCACUGCUCUCGACCUUCCUCCAGUUACAGAUACUACAUGGGAGUCACUCGUUCUCAAGGCUGAUGGGCCUGUGCUGGUUGAAUUUUGGGCCCCAUGGUGUGGGCCCUGCCGAAUGCUCCAUCCGGUGGUGGGAGAACUAGCGGACGAGUACGCUGGGAAGCUCAAGUGCUUCAAGCUUAACACUGACGAGAGCCGUUGGAUCGCGACUCGUUAUGGAGUCCGGAGCGUACCCACGAUCAUGAUCUUCAGCAACGGCAAGAAGGAAGACGCAGUCAUCGGUGCAGUGCCCAAAACUACCCUAUCAACCUGCAUAGAGAAGUUCUUGUGAAAGCAAACAAUAGUGUGUGUGUGUGUAAAAGGUGAAUUGGCUACUUUGCAAGAUAUUUUGGAGAGUUUCCAUCUGUCUGUGUUAGUGCUUAACUAGAAUUCAAUCAUGUUUUUCUGUCUGGUGUGGGGAGCAACAAAGAGCCAAGAAAAAUAAGAAAUUUGACAUGAUGCCAAUGGCUUGGUGGUGGGUACUUUUCAACUGUUCUGAGCAUGAAUGAUACAGCUUUGCCCUUUUGUCAAUGUGUCGGUUUGAA